CCAUUCACCAUGGAACAUGUUAUGGAUGUGAGCUGGAUGACGCAUGAGAAAGGUAACGUAUACGCGUCCCAUGCCCCCCUAGGUUUACGGUGUGGUAAAAGGAAACAUCGCUGCAACUUUGGUCGUGAUUUUGUUUUAUUCCGUCCGUUUGUUUCGAGACGAGGAGGGAAAUAAAAGAGGCCCCCCCAAAAUGGCGACUCCCCGUCUUUCCCCCGCCGAGUCUGCUCUUCUCCAGCGUAACCACCAGACUAACCGAUUCCCCCGGCCUGUAGAUAACUGGAGCAGCAGCGCCAGCUGGAACUCGUCGUCAAGCCAAGCUCAGUGCAUCGCCGCUUCGAACCACCCGCCGAGAUCUAUAAACAUAAACAAGGCCAAUGGGAAAGUCGUGUCAGCGUCCACCUCCUCGCCAUCGCCUACUACCGCCAAGCCUAUACCUCAACGCCCAGGUAGGUCGAGAAGUCAAUCCGAUGGUGGGUCGGCCGGCCUGAACGGCGCGCCGAUGCAGAGGAGGGGAUCCUGGUUUUCGAGCAUCUCGUCGAGGUUUUCCACGUCGCCCGCAAAUGGACACACUUCCCCUCCUCCCGUGUCGACGCCAAAUACCGACGACGUAGCUCCUCUGCCCAAGAUUCUGCCGAAUAAGAAUGCUGUUCUUCCGCAUGCGUCACGCCAUAACGGCGAUGCCCCGUACAUCCCCGCGCCCCCGAAGACGACACAGCAGAGUUUUCUAGGGGGUAUGCUUCGCCGCCUGUCCUCCUCGAAUGGGCCUAUCUCGCCGGGUGCCAGAGCGAGCCACGGCCUUGUCGAGCGAAAGGUUCUCAACAUCGACGCGAGGCGGGAACGAUGCCGUGUAAAAGAGCUCAGUCCGGCGAAGCUCCGCCGGGUCGCCUUCUGCGUCGAUGUUGAAAUCGCGCCGAUGCCCAAGUAUGCCGACGAAGAAGCCCCGGCGUGCAAGAAGCCCGCCGACACGGCUGAGAAACAGAAGGUGGCGGGAAAAAGUGAAGGGGAGGCUCUGAAGAAUCCGAAAGCUGCCGAGCAGGAAAAGGAAUCCGCGGGGGUCGUGAAGGCAACCGGUGAGGCUCCACCUAAAGACGCGGAGAAGGAGGGCGUGGAUGUGGCCAAGGGCAAUUCGGGCGAGAAGGACAGCGUCGAGGAGAAAAAGGGAGAGGAGGUGUCCAAGACGGAAAAAGAGACGACGCGCAAGAAGGAGAAGAAAAAGAAGAACGAGGCGGAACGAAAGGCCAAGAAGGAGCAAAAGCGGAGGGAGGCUCUCGAGAAAGGAGCCAUUCCCAUGGAGCUCCAUUACGACACCGACAGUUCUUCGGAAGAGUAUUCGUCACGCCCGGGGUUUACCAGAACGCAUUACGUGCCGACAACGAACCCCGUGAGGAUAUACCGACGGUGCUGCCAGUUGCGAGAGACCGAUAUCCUGACGAAAGUCACCCACCAGCUUCCGAAAAGUACAGAAUCUUGUGCUAAUGGCAUCGUCGAGAAGCUGGAUCUCAGUGGAUACUUCAUGUCGCUGCCGGACUUGAUCACCCUUGGGGACUUCCUUGCCGUCGUUCCAAUCAAAGAAGUCAUACUGGAAGAUUGUGGACUCACUGACGAAGGCUUUCGCGUCGUCCUGGCCGGGCUUCUCGCGGCUCGGAGGGCGAACGUCAGACAGCGGAGGAAAAGCGUCACCAGGCCGGACGACCUAAUACAGCACGGCGGCGUCGUCGAGAGGCUUGUACUAAAGAACAACGGCAAGAUCGGCGCCGCAGGCUGGAAGCACAUAUGUCUCUUCAUUCAUAUGUGCCGUUCCAUCAAAUUCCUCGACCUCUCGAGCUUACCAUUUCCCGUUCCCGUAGAGUCGCCGAAGACGCCGCUCUCUCUCCACCUUCACCACAGCAACGGGCAGAGUGCGGCGGCUCCCAUCGACCUGUCCGUACUCCUCUCCAAAUCGAUCGCGGAACGCCUGGCUGGCUCGGAGCUGGAACUGCUCAACAUCAGCUCGAUCGGGUUGAAUAUGAAUCAACUCGGGACCAUCCUCGACGGCGUUCUUAAGUCGGGAGUGAUAAGACUGGGGCUAGCACACAACAACCUCGACGCACAGGGCGUCCAGCACGUCGCAAAGUAUCUGCGGGUUGCAAAGUGCGAAGGAAUUGACCUGGGCGGCAAUGACCUCAGAGAUCAGCUCCAGGAGAUCGCGGAAGCUCUCGACGAGAGCCAUGGGCUGUGGGCUAUCGGCCUGGCCAAAUGCAAUCUCAAGCCAGCUUCCCUGUGUAAGCUUCUCCCCACGCUGACGAAGCUUCGCGAUUUCAAAUUCCUCGACUUGUCACAUAAUCGCGAGCUCUUCGAAUCCGAGCCUAGCGCUAUCGGACAGCUUCGCAAAUAUCUUCCCCAGAUGGCGAACUUGAGGAGGCUACACCUGGCCGAUGUCUCGUUAUCAUCAGAGCAGGUGAUUGCUCUCGCCGAGAUCCUCCCCGAAGUCAAGACUCUGGCACAUAUCAACCUUCUCGAGAACCCGAGUCUUACUCGCCUAGCCAAUGCCAAGACCGAGGAGAGCAAGGAAGAGGCAUGCGCACUCUAUGCUUCGCUAUUAGCUGCCGCCCGCGUGUCGAGCGCCUUGAUCAAGGUCGACAUAGACAUUCCUAGUGCUGAAUCGGGCGAGAUCGUAAAAGCGCUAGCGGAUCGCCUCGUCGUGUACUGCAUGAGGAAUUUGCAAGGCGUGGCGGACAUUCGGGAUUCCGCCGGCGACGACGGACAGAAAUCGGAUAAAUUACCCAAUGUACUCCGUCACCUCGUCGGCCACGAAGACGAUCUUGAGGACGAGGACGAGGACGACAGCGACCCGGCCCCCAACGAGGACUACGUCAUCGGCGGUACUGGUGUGGUGAAGGCCUUGGCCUGUGUUUUGAAGAACCGAGAAGAUACUAAGCAGGAAUCCGAUGGUUCGACUCAAGACCUCGAGGACGUGGCCGCAACGUCCAAGCCUGACUUUGCACCUGAAAAAGCUAGGGGUAUGUCCAAACACUUGCUCUCGAGCGCACGGAAGAUACGCGCUCGGCUGCAACCGGCCCUGGCUCUCGCCAAAGCCUCCUCUAGCGAGGACAUCCACAAUUACCAUCGCCUCACGUUCUUAGAUCAGACCAUAGAAGGUAUCAUCAAGCGGUUCGAGGAUGAGUUCCCGGACACCCGUGAAACAUCGAUAGGAGCUGCGGUACAAGGCCGUGCAGCAUCUACCCCACCAGAGCUCGGUACCUCUCUGUCAUCGUCACUAGACGCAGAUCCUUCGUUAUUGUCGGAUACGGAGGAUAUGGAGACCGAGGUUCGCCCAGGAUCAUCGCGGUCGAGGUCGAACUCGAUCAUUUCACACACCUCAAAGGCCCUUGCCGAGGAAGAAGGCCGCGCCCUACGCGUCGGUCAUCGAUUCCGUCGGGGCCUUAUCAAGCAGGAACAUUACGAUCUCCUCAUGAGUCCGGAGGAAAUCGGGAACGACCCGAACCACUUGAAGGUGAUCACAUCCAUGAUGGACGAAAUAAUGGGAGGAGACGAGCAAAUCAAGAAGGAUAUCCAAGAGAAGGGCCCCAUACGCGCUUUCCAGGAACACAGGGAGGAUAUCAUCAAGCGGCUCCGAGAGGAAGACUUGCAGUACUGGGAGAAGUUUGUUGAAUCCCAGGAGAAGGCCAGGGCUAACGUCCAGGUCGGGGCCAAUCCAGCCAAGGUCGAAGCCCAGGAGGAGGCAGACGAAGAGGCAAUCUCGGAUUGAAAGCCGACAGGCGAAUAGGAUAAGGCCGGGGUCCUUGUGUACCGAUAUGUAUCAUUAUAGCGGUGCCUCUGGUCUUUUCUUGUCUCUCAAGCAUACAUUGGGGAGUAGGGAGGGCAUUUUUCAUCU